UCUCCAAAGAAUUGCUUUUGACUGUUGUGUAGGGUAAGAGAGAGGGUGGAGGACGUGAGUAAAGAGAACAAUUAAGUUAUAAUUAAAGUUUGACAGGUAGCUGAGUAUAAGCGAAAAGAACUCAAUCUGAAAGAAAAACACUGCGCAGAACAAAUUGAACUUGCUGUGAACUGUAAGGCUAGUUGAUGAGCAAGUGAUUUUAAAGACUGUUAAUCUGAUGGCUGUGUCACGUGUUCCUUCACCCCCUCCAAAUAAUGAAGUUGCUACCCCAGUGGCAGAAAGUUGGUGCUACACACAGAUGAAGGUGAUCAAGUUCUCAUACAUGUGGACAAUCAACAACUUUAGUUUCUGUCGAGAAGAAAUGGGUGAAGUUUUGAAAAGUUCGACAUUUUCUGCUGGGGCAAAUGACAAGCUUAGAUGGUGCUUAAGAGUCAAUCCAAAAGGCCUUGAUGAAGAAAGUAAAGACUACCUAUCACUUUACCUUCUGCUAGUCUCCUGCAACAAGAGUGAAGUACGAGCAAAAUUCAAGUUUUCAAUUCUCAAUGCAAAACGAGAGGAAACCAAAGCUAUGGAAAGUCAACGUGCAUACAGGUUUGUCCAAGGAAAAGACUGGGGUUUUAAAAAAUUUAUACGAAGAGAUUUCUUAUUAGAUGAAGCAAAUGGUCUCUUGCCAGAUGACAAACUCACUUUAUACUGUGAGGUAAGUGUAGUAGCUGAUUCUGUGAACAUUUCUGGGCAGAACAGUGCCAUACAGUUUAAGGUUCCUGAGUGUCGACUCCCAGAUGAUCUAGGUUUGCUGUUUGAUAGUCAGAAAUUCAGUGAUGUCAUUCUCAGUGUUAAUGGUAGAGAGUUCUAUGCGCACAAAGCAAUUUUAGCUGCUCGAUCGCCUGUUUUCGCUGCUAUGUUUGAACAUGAAAUGGAAGAAAAAAAGCAGAAUCGAGUGGAAAUCACAGAUAUGGACCAUGAGGUUUUACGAGAGAUGCUGCGUUUUAUUUAUACGGGGAAAGCUCCAAAUCUAGAAAAGAUGGCAGAUGACUUGUUGGCUGCAGCAGAUAAGUAUGCUCUAGAGCGACUGAAAGUAAUGUGUGAGGAAGCAUUGUGUUCAAAUCUAUCUGUGGAAACAGCUGCUGAUGUUUUAACACUGGCUGAUAUGCAUAGUGCAGAGCAGUUGAAGGCUCAUGCCAUUGACUUUAUCAAUACGCAUGCUACUGAUGUCUUGGAGACAGCUGGGUUUAAGGCAAUGAUCCAUCGACAACCUCAUCUCAUAGCUGAAGCAUUUCGAGCUUUAGCUACUCAACAGAUCCCACCAAUAGGCCCACCUAGGAAAAGAAUCAAACAAUCUUGAAGCUAGAAGAUACCUAUUUGUGAAAAUAAAGCCCCCAGACCUCAAUAAGUUAUUCCCAAGUCAUCAUCACCUACCACCCUCAUUUUAAUUGUUGUGUACAGAAAACUAGAACUAACUUGACUCUUCUUGUUGUUGACUUUGUUUGUAGUCAGAAAUCUAAUGGAUGCUGGUGCUUGCCAUACCAUUUUCAAUAGAGGAUGUGAUAUCCAUUGGUUUGGAAAAUGAUAAAAUGUAGUUUCUUGUGGUACCAGUUGUUGCUUGACUGCUUUUUAACCAAAAGACUGUAUACUGUAGGAUAAUUAGCAACAAGGAGUUUGUAGUUUUAUUAUUUUAAACUACCUUUCUAAGGUAAGUUACAGGUGACUUUUUUUUUUUUCUUGAAUUCAUUGUGAUUUUAGGCUGUUAUCUUGUAGUACUGUGGUGUCUGAAAUGUGAUAACAAAGUUCUAAGCUGAAGAACUGUAUUUUCCACAAAUACUUAAAUGUUUGGAAGUUCAAGACAAAAGAGUAAAAACCAUGGAUUACUUGUAAUUUUUGUGGAAUUUCUUAGCUGUAUCGUAAUGAAUUUAGACAAAUUUACUUGUAUUCUCAGGUUGAGAUUUAGGAAGUGGUAAAUUUUCAAUUUUUUUUUCGUAUUAGGAAUAUUUUAGUGCUUAAGAUAUAUAAGAAUUGGAAAAAUUUCCAUUGGAAAUGCUUUACUUGAGUGUAAAUGAAAUCCUAUAUAUUUCUUGGAACAGAUAUUUUCUUUGUGUUCAACAAACUUAGGAAAGACAUUUCUCAUUGUGUUCCACAUGUUCUUGCUUCAUUUAGUCUCCUGUGAAAAGUGAAUUUUAUGGUAGUUCAUUGACAGAUAUAAACAGUUUUCUUUUAGUAUAAUUGUAUAGAGCUGUUUUUGAUGUCUAAUACCACAUCUAAAACACAAUUUUAAAACAUCAAGGAGCACCAAAUAUGAUACAUAUUGAAAACAAUAUUGUUAUUAAAUCCAGGCUUUUCAACAGUAAGAUAAGAAAUUAGAUUUUAAAAGGUCUUAAUGUAAUUUUAAUUAGUCUAACCCUAUUAAAUAGUGCUUGUUUUUUAGUCUCAGAGAAAUAUAAAAAAAAAACAUUUAAAACUGCUCAACAAAAAAUAAUGCAAGCCUAGUUAGUUUUUCUUUCCACUGAAAUCAAAGAAAUAGAGCUAAUUGUUAAGAAGGAAACAUCUUUUUUUUUUUAAAGCCGCAUAGUAGAUUCUUCAUUCAUGCCCAUUCAGCAUUAUUUAUCCAAACAUUUGUCAAAUACUCAUGAUAGGGCUGUGCCUGUUGAAGAAGAUCUUCACUGAAUAACUGUGGCAUGGCUUGCUUUUUUUUUAUGGAAGAUAUCAUUGUAGACAAGCUCUCUGUGUACUUGUGCUCUCUUUUCACACAGUAAAUGUAUCAAGUCUGGCUUUUUACAUGAUUCUGUUCUGCAUUGUUUUGGAACAUUUUGUCUUUUCACUUUUCAAUGGUUCUAGCAAGAAAAGCAAAUAGUUGGUGCCCAAUUACACGAUGAACUUGUAUGGGGGGUGGGGGCUGCAAAAUCACAGCUAGAUUUGUUGCCAUUGCAUUUUUCACAGGGGGCUAUUCAUUUUUAGAAUAAGAAAAGAGUCUGCAUGCAAUUUAUGAAUAAUUGAUGUGUUUUUCAUUACAGCAUGUAUUUGGUAAUAAGAUCUAGACAGAUGAAAUGAAUUUAAGCAUGCAACUUUUAACCCAAAAGAUAUUUUAUACAUCUUGUAAAACCACUUGAUUCAUAAUACAUCUUUUUUUUUUUUCUGUAGGAUUGAAGUUAGUAGAUAAUUGAUUAUAGAGACAAAUCAUGUUAGCAUUUUUCCACAUUGGAAGUGUGCAAAUUUAAAACCAUAAGCUUUAUUUAAUGAAUUAGAAAUAGUAUGCAUGGAAAUUAUGUUGGAAGUGUUUUCUGUAUAUUCUUUUGCCAGUUUUAUGGUGAUAUAGAAUCAAAUGAAUGAUACAAAAAACACUAGUUUUUAAAAGUACUUGUUAAUCAUGAAUGGCUAGGAUCAGUGUAGAUCACUUUAAUAAUAGUUACUUGUGUUGUGCUUCAAGCUGUUUUUAUGUCAAAAUCCUCUUAAUAUACCUCUAUCCUUGAUCAUUACAUAACUUUUCAUCAGUUAAAACUCUGCUAGUUGAUGUUUUCACCUUGGUUGUAAGUGACUCUAGUUACUUUGUAUUAAGAGGCCAGUAAAGUGAGUUAUUAUAUGCUAACUUCAGUAACCUAGUUACUUAUCUAUAUGUCUCAUUUUGAGUUUACAGACAUCUUUGUGGUUAAAUAGUAAAUGAGUUAUUAAUGUUAAGCCUUAAGGUUCAAGUACAAAUGCUCAUUAUAAGCAAUAGAUAAAUUAUUGCUGAUUCUCUGCUCAGUGGUUGCCUGUCUGCUGAUGUUAGAGUAAGUACAUGUACUGUAUGAUAGUUCGAAUAUCUUUAAGCAGAAGCUAAUGGGUAAAAUUCUAUAGAAAUUUUUGAAACCUAAUAGUGUAAGGUUGUGUCAGUGAUCCAUAUCUUGGAAUUGUCUUAAUUUGACAUCUUUUCUUGUUCUAGUAGAAUCUAAUGUCAGGUUAGUUUGUUUUUUGUUUAGUAGAAAUAUACAGUGCGAGUUGCUGUUGAGCAUAAAAUAAUAUUUUCACAUUGCUAGAUCUCAUUUAAUCAUGUUAACUCUUUAGGGGGUAGUGCUUAUGUUAUAUCAAACUAUCCAUAAAAAAAAACAAGUUUAUCAUCAUAAACCUGAUGCAUCGCCUUUUUAGCUUAUCCCCACAUUGGGUAAUUUGUGGUAUUUAUGCCUGUUGUGAUCAUUAUUAUCUUUAUACUGUUUGUUAUAAUGAUAAUUGUUAAACUAUAAUGAUUAAUACUUAGUUGCUGCAGUUCAUAGUUACACUGUUUAACUUUGGCAUGUUCACUGAAGACCUUAUAUACAGAAAACCUGGGAUACCUUAGUCUGUCUUGUUGUAAGAGUAAGGUUCUUAAUUAUUUUCAUCUACUGUGCUGUAGAAUCACUGCUUGUUGUAACACAUGCAUGAAUACCUUUUUUUUUCUUGUUCACUAUAAGUUAGUUUUUUCUUAUGCAUUGCAUUGAUUUCAGUGAUUAUAAAUUCUAAACAGCAUUGUGGUUAUAGUUUUGGAAUUACCUGUUAAUUUUGUUAUUAUUGAUUUUUAAUGUGUGAACACAAAUACCAUAUUAACACAAAACUGUUCUAUUAUUGAACAUUUUUCUGCAACAAUAAAUACCCAAGGAUCUAGAUCACGGUUUGUUUUACUUUUGUUCUGUGACUAUAGUUCAAGAUGUAUAGCUUACCUUCAUUCAUUGACUCGGUGAUGCCAUUUUAACUAAGAUGACAGCAAGAUUAAUGGUGGCAGACUUUUACUGUUGUUGACAUCUUUAACCAAUUUCAUAAUUCUUUUUUUUUUAUCAUAUCUUACAGUAAUGGAAUGCUAUGUUUCCUAUGAUAAUGGAUUAUUAGACAUUAAAUAAUCCUCAAAAGUCCAUUUGCUUUUCUCUAAAGAGAAAGCAAAAACAAUUUUAAGUGAGUCAAUUGACUUACAAGUUCAACCAAAAAACUGUUGAAAAACAAGCAUGAAUCCAACAAUGUUCCUCAAGAUAGCCUGAAAUUAUUUGUUGAUAGAACUGAUCUCAAGAUUGAAUACUAGUACAAAGGUAUUUUCACAUGUCAAUUCUUUGUAUAUAAUUUCCUGUUUAUCUGUAUGUGUGUGUGUACAUAUAUACACACACAUACAUAUAUUAUACCAUGUCAACUUGUAACUGUUCUUUCCAUUUUUGUGUUAUCUGAGUUUAAUUGAAGCCGGUAAGAUUUUUUAAAGUUUUUUUUGGUACAAGAGAAGAAUUUGUAAUUAUUAUUUCACCAGUUGCUGUGCUGGGUGACUGAAAGUAGCUUUAGUUUUUAAUUUUGAUGGUGCCCUGGCACUGUUGGUUAUAUAUUCCAGGUUUCACCUUGUGUGUUCUAUUCCAUUCUGGGCACAAAUUGUAUGUGUGUUGCACACAAAAUCAGGGAUUUGUAUGAUUCUGUACAGUAUCUCUGGACACCUGUUUGUUCAUUUCAAUAAAAAUAUUUACCUUCCACAAAUUGUAAUUUGUUACAUUUGUAAAUUGAAUUGAAACAAUUAUUUCAAACAUACCUAAUAAUUUAAUACAUGAGUAUAAUAAAGAGGACUAUUAUGUUUUGCAGAUGUUUUCUUAAGAAAUAACAACACCAAGAAGAAUUUAAUUUUGCAAAAUUCAUUUUUUUUUCUCAUGCAUUGUAUUGAUUUCAGUGAUUAAAAAUUCUAAAUAGCAUUGUGGUUAUAGUUUUGGAAUUACCUGAUAAUUUUGAUACAAUGUCUACUCGAGCUUCUCUGUGGUGUUCAUGUUCAGGAACACAUUUUUUUUGUUAAAUAAAGAACUUUUAGCUCCCUUG